ACCGUCGACAGCCUCUACUUCAUCCGUUUUCUCGCCAGCUCAUCACUCACACACCUCCCCAAUACUACCUGUAAUCCACCAUGACCACAAGAUUUGACCCCAAUAACGCCCAAAACCUUGUUGAGAUUGAGAAGCAAUUCGCGGUGAAAGCCGUCGAACAUGCCCAAACUUACUGGAAUCUCCUGGAGAAGAUUCAUCCGAGCCAAUUGAAGCUUACCAGGCUUGACGAUGAGAUCUUCGAACAUAUGAUGAAGACUUUCCCGGAAAUUUCCCAAGAGCACCAGAAGCUGACAGUUCUCGACGAAGACUGGAUGAAAAGCAAGGACGGUAAAGAGCGGUGGCGGCAAUUCAUGGCAGCAUACGAGAAAAAGGUUCAAGAUUACAAUUUUGGAUCUCUCAUCCGAACAAAUGCCACGAAAGAAUAUAGCGAGACGAACACAAUUUUCGUGACGCGAAUACAGUUCUAUGCUAUCGAGAUCUCGCGCAACCGACUCGGUCUCAACGAUAAGGCGCACGAAAUUGCAAAGGAAGAGGCAAGGAAGCAGCAGGAAAAGAUCGACAAGGCCAAGAAGAAGGGUGGGAAAUGAUGGUCCACCCGCCCGUGUAGGAUAAGGGCUGGCCUUCCCGCCAUCAAGCAUGAAAGAAAUGGAAGAAUAAAAUUAC